CGCAAAUUGCCUAUCCCGAUGGCAGACGCAACGCAGGACACUGACCGCAUGUAGAUUCGCUUCGUUUUUCGAGCGUGAUGGUCUUCCUCUAGCUCGCGUUUCGUCGCGUGGCAAGAGAAGCAAAGCAGGGAUGUCCGUUUGCUCUGAAUGGUCAGCAGCAUUCGUAGUCAUCGGUGGAUGCCAUUCAUCUCAUUUGUCUGUUUGAUCAGGUCGUCCGAGGACACGGAAGAAUGGCUGCGGUGGAAUGGACUGUCAGUCGACUACGUUGCUGCAUUCAGAGAGAACCACAUACGCGGAGAUAUAUUGGUACGCCUCGAAACAGCCAGACAUGCACUCCCGAAGGCAGAUCUAUCUCUCGGCUGCUGUGGUCAUGCCAUAGAUGGACCUGACAGCCGCCGACUUGACCGAUAUGGGACUGGAGGACCACCAGCAGUUCUUCGCUGCUCGAGCUGCACUCGACUCGUCAUCGCCAUCCCUCCCGCCUUCAUGGCGCAUCCGAGCCAUCCAGAAGGGCGACGCAGCCACAACCAUGCGCCGCGGCAGCAGAAGAGAAGGGGCCAUGGAUGUCGUCCUGACACGUUCGGCGCCUCUCAUGAUGCAGGACAGCGCCGCUGAUCGGCAUGCGGACCGCUCCAUCACCCUCAUGCCCUGCACCUUAGCGGGUGCCAUCCAUCAUGCGGAGGAGUCUGUGGUGCAGACACUGAGGGGCUCCACGCAGAGGGGCCUGCUGGCAAUCAAGAGGGCUCUGGUAUGCAGCGAGGGAGGGAGGGAGGCCAGGGAGAUCGACACACUUGCGGUCUGCUAUACGCAGGGCACUGUGGAGGAUAUCGGAACCGCUGUGGUGCGUGGGUGUCGAGUAUGGCACCACACGGGGCCAGCAUCGGAGGACGGCCACCUCAUCCUGGAGGAUCACUCAGGUCACACGAUGCAACGCAUGCCGCCACUCAUUGCUGUACUCGUGUGUCGCGGUUCUCGGACACAGGAUCUGGCGUGCCUAUUGCUCCGUCUUGCGUCGCCGAGCUGCUGCAUCGCAGCCACCAGCCUGCUGAAGACACGGCAGCAUCGGUGUGGCGGUGCGACUGCGUUGUCCUCGUCACCUCAGAUGCCCAGGACGCCGGCACCAAAAUGUACGCCAAAGCCAUUUAGCGACCAAGUGCAUGAGGGGUCGAAUAUGUAAGGGGCGGUGUGUGUGAGUGUGUGCUUGGUGCAGCUUCGACGCGCUGGUGAGGUCAGAUGCGUCAGUGAGUCCCCCAGGAGUGGUAGCCGUCGAGCUGGAGGGAGAGGAUGGCAACGGCAGCGAUGAGGCGCUGAGGGCACUUUACACAACUCUCAUGGUGCGUACCCAUAGGACACCUAUACACACCAUGAGCAAUCGUGUGUGUCUUUGUGUGUCGGUUAUUUGAUCCAUCCCAGGAAGGCGGCACAGUGGAGGAGGCGGCGGAAUCUGCCCAAGACAAGGCCCCCCACGCCCAGAUCUUCACCUUCAGUGCUGCCACCGACUUGGACGCUGACGACGACAGGGCACCGCUGCGGCCUCUGCUUGUCGACCGCAGGAGGCGGCCACCACAGCUCACCGACCGCAUCAAUGACACGUACGCAGGGACUGAAAUACACUCACAUCAGGUCACUCACAUCUAUCGUUCCAUGUGUGCAUUGCAUUAGGACGUCCCCCUACCCGCCCAUCGACCUCCCUCCUCUGCCCCAUGAUGGCUACAUGGGCAGCGAGAGAAACGUCUGGAACGUGCGUAAGAGAGAGAGGUCCACACAGGGCUUGGCUUGUAUGUCCGCAUGCGCCACCUAACGCUUCUAUUCUUCCUCCAGGUGGUCAGGGCGCUGCGUCGUGUUCGGGCCGUCUGGCUGAUGGGCGUCACUGGGGUGGGCAAAUCCACCGUUGCGGCCGCUGCUGCACACUACGUCGGAUGUCGGUCCCACUACGCUGAUGGCGUGGCUUGGGUGGCCCUGGAAGGAUGCCGGGACAUGGAAUGCGUCACAUCCACUCUCGAGCGGGCACUCAAGGUCAGGGUGGUGGAUGGUGAUGGUGUGGAUGGCGGGGCGCACCAUCCUGUGCCGCAUGUCAAUGGCCACCGGCUGCUGGUCUUCGACCAAGGUGACAACCGACCUGCCUGCAUGUGACGAAUGCAGGCAUCGACGUUGUGUGUGUGUUUUUUGCUGUCAGUCGACGCCCUUCUCUCCCACAGCGGCCCAUCUCUGCUCGAAUGGCUGUCAAGGCUCAUCCGCACGGCGCCGAGGGUCACAAUGAUCAUCACUGCUCGCCAGGCCAUCCCCAGCCACCCAUCCUUUGCAGAAGAGACGGAGACCAUCGAAAUCAGGGGGCUGUCGAGGACCAUUUCUGUCCAGUUCUUGCUCAAGCAGGCCUCCUCCGCCAAUCAGGAGAUGGCUGAGCAGCUGGCUGGUGAGUGGGGCGGGCACUCAGGGGGGAGGGAGGGAAGCGAUGACAGGUCCAAAUUCUUCUCGUCUCUGUUUGUUUAUGUGCUGGUGCAGAUCUGUGUGGAGGGUUGCCGGCGGCGUUGCGGAUGGCUGGCAACAGGCUAGGUGAAGGACGUACUCGACGCAAAUAUGAACAAUCCCAAUUGCUCCAUUUCUUUACUACCUCAGGCGACUUUCGUUCUUCAUCCCUCGCCCCCGUCGCCCUCGCGCCUCCAUCCCUCAACAAUCACUGGGAGGGUGACCUGUUCGAUCGGCUCCUCGGCCCGGCAGUGGACGGCCUCCCAUCAGCGGCACAUCGAGCCCUGCGACUUCUGUCGAUGCUCCCCGGGCCCUUCUCACUCAAUGCAGCGAGUGCCAUGUUGGGCUCUCAUCCGACGGCCGUUUCCCCGGUUCUCGCCACUCUGCAGCGAGCGCACCUGCUCACCCGCCACUGUCAGCUCUACACCCUACCGUCCAUCGUGAGGCUGCAGCAGGCAGCGUCGCCUCCAUCCAUCGACAUCGAUACGCGGCGGGGGAUGGUGCGUCUCAUCGGGUGGUAUGCGGGGGUGCUUUUGGACGCCAGCGAUCGGCUUGAGCGUGUGAAAGAGGGUGGCGGGAUGGGUGGCAUGACGGCUGACGGGGCUGUGCGGGGGUAUGAUGAGGAAAGGGUUUGUGUGGAUGAGGUGGUGCGGUGGGCGGAGAGGAUACACCCGGCGGUCUUCCUGCUCAUCGUACAGGUACCGCUAGCACACCGGUAGUGGACUCUGCUGUAUCUAACGAAUGUGUGUUGUGAGUCCCCCUCAGGCGGGGCGUCCUGUGUUCCUUCAUCGUUCGUCCUCGGCUGCGUAUGUGGCGCUGUCCGAGUCGGCCCUGACAGCCCUUGUCUCCUUGCAGCACCCCACCGCUUCCCCGCCCUCCAAGCCACAGCCAGCCCCUUUUAUCCACAACAGGCCGAUGGACAGGCAGGAGACGACAGACAUGGACGGGUUCGUGCCUGUGCUGCUCGACUCGACGACCACAGCCAUCCCCUCGUCACCCCCGUCCCCCUCACUCAACACUUCCCUCGUGUCGCCUGAGUACGAUGCGCCGGUGUCGGCCGAGAGCAUGGCGGUUGACCCAGAGGUGAUCGCAGAGGAGAUGCAGAGCCUGCACAAGAUGGUGCAGCAGAGCGCCGCUGGGCUCGACAAGACGGGCGGGCCGUCAGCUACCAUGGUGCAUUUGUCAGUCUUGUCGAUGGUGCGCAUGAUCGAGAGGGCUAUGGUGGGGGGAGGAGACAAGUGGGACAAGAACGGCCAGAGCAUGCUGCCCCGGCCGCCGGUGGGUCCGAGACCUCAUGUUGGAGGUCGCAAGUGGUGGACUGACCACCCAACAGACGUGCAGGUCAGUGCAACUUGAUGGCGUCAUCUCUGCAUCGAUGGAUUCCUCUGUUGUUCCGUGCAGGCUGUGUGUGACAUGCUGCUGGAUGUUGCCGUUGCGUCGCGAGAGCUGGGUCGCUUCGUGCACGCCGAGCAUCUGUUGAUGCACGCCUCACGGCUGCUUGCCACCGUGGCCUUCGACCAGCAGAAGGCAGAACAGAGCGGCGCGUGUCUGCUCAUCAGGGGCGAAAUAACCGCACAGAUGGGCCGAGUCAAAGUGAUGGAGGUCAGCACAGCACGACACAUAUCGACAGCUAGAGAGGCCGACAGUCAUCUGUUGUCUGUCAGGGUGACUCCUCAACUGCUGAGGGGCUCUUCCGGACCGCUGUGGACGUCUUCGCAAGUGGCGCUCCUGACUCCAAGGUGCUUGCCAACGCCAUCAUGAACCUCGCGACGUUCUACACCGACGUACGUUCUGGCAGCCAUGCCUGCCCCUCUCCUCAUACCCGAUGUUUGCGUGUCUGAUCGAGUGCAGGUGCGUGUGGACUACCCUUCAGCAGAGCGUCUGUUCCGCCAGUGUCUGCGGAUGCGUCUCCGCCACACGGGGCUUCAGCACCUCGACGCCGCCGCAGUUCUCUCCAAUCUGGCCAUCCUCUGCUGCAACACGGGCCGACUCAGAGAGGCGAAAGGGUGAGUGAGCCGGCCUGCAGCAAGCAAAACGUACCUCUCAGCGAUUCUUGUCCUCAUUGUUUUGCUUCAGGUAUAUCCUAGAGUCGGCAUCGAUCCGGGAGGCGCUUCUCGGCGAGGACGACCUGUUGGUUGCUGCAUCCAUUCACAACCUGGCGGCCAUCUGCGAAGAGCUGGGCGAGCUCGAGAAGGCAGAGACCCUAUACGAGUGAGUGAACUCCCACCGACACAAUACCUGCGCACAUAUGACGACCCCGCCCUGUCUGCCUUCAGUCGGUGUCUGGCCAUCCGCGCGCACCAGCUGCCCGAACACGACCACCGACUGGCCUUCACCCACACCAACAUGUCCAUACUCUACGCCAAAAUGGGCCGAGGCGACGAGGCAAUCGACGCGGCGCGGCAGGCCCUGACCAUCGCAGAGGCCUCUCUUGGCCAUGACCACCAUAAGACGUGCUCUAUCCGAGGCAAUUUGGCGGCUGCACUGGUUCAGAAAGAUGAGCGAGAUGGAGAGGGUGAGGGGUCUGGCGAGGCCGUGAGGCUUCUGGAGGAAUGUUUGGCGUGCCAUGAGAGGAGACAGCGCGGAGGCGAUGGGUUGCGGCCUCAGUCGCUCAUACCGAUCGUCACCAACCUAGGAAAGGUCGUGACCCAGGGGUGAGUGGGUCAACAUUUUACUUCUUCUGUGUUGUUGUGCAGGCUCGCGAGCAACAAGGCGACUACAAGGGCGGGUACGAGGCCUACGAGUCGGCCUUGGGCAUCUGCCGCACCCUCUACCCGGCGCAGCCCCACCCCCACACCUGCCGGUCUCUUUUCUUCAUCGCGAGGUCGGCCUAUCGCGCAAUGGAGAAUGAACAGCAACGCCACGACGCAUUAGCCGACACGCCACGAGAGCUCUGUGAGUGGCAAGAUCCGCUUGCCCCGCGUGUGUUCCCGCCUUCACGAGAGGAGAUUGUGGUGUUUGUGAGGGAGUGCGAGGGCCACCUGAAGGUUCUCGAGGAGAGGGGCGAGUGUGUUCUCGGAGAAGCGGAUCGGAAAGUGCUGCACGAGAUGAGACAGGGGCUCAGCCUGGCCUCGUGAGCUCAUGUUAGUCUGUGUGGAGCUUUUAUGAGUUGUCUUUGUACUUAUGUGGAUGGAUGGUUGCUGCAAGAUGGCAACGCAUUCGAUGCAAUGCAUGGGUGUGCACUUUUCUUCUCCUCUCC